GAUCCCUGGACAGGUUUGGGUGUCCCUGAGCUAGUUUUGGGGUCCCUGGGCUGGUUUUGGGGUCUCUGGACAGGUUUGGGGGAUCUCUGGACCACUUUGGGUGUCCCUAGACCAGUUUUGGGGACCCUGGACAGGUUUGGGUGUCCCUAGACCAGUUUUGGGGUCCCUGGACAGGUUUGGGGGAUCCCUGGGUGCGUCUCACUUCGGGCCGUUCCAGACCCCCAUUUUAGGGACCCUCCACUCACAAAUCCCCCCCCCAAAUCCCAUUUCCCUCCUUUUCUCCCACAGCUUCCCUCGGGGGCGGGAAAUCCCCGGAAUUCCGGAACAUUCCCCGCCCCGCCCCGGAACCGCUUCCAUGGCUCCGUCACGCAGCCGCUCCACCCAAAUCCCGCCGUGCAUCCCCAAGCGCCAACUCCCGCCGGGAUACUCAGACUCCCUCCUCUUCCUCUGCGCCCGCCGCGUCGUCGCCCACCACCCCCUGCCCUCCCUGCCCGCCCACCUCUACCCCAUCCUCUUCCAAGCGGCGUUCCUGGACGGCAGACCCCUGGUGCUGCGGGAUUUGGUGGCCGCUUGGCCUUUCCCGGUGCUCAACUUCCAGCGGCUGGUGGGGCGUCGGGAGCUGCUGCGGGACCAUCCCUGCAAGCUCUGCGUCCAGGCCGUCAUCCUGGCCGUGGUGGCGCAGCUCCGGCGGCAGCUGGAGGAGCCCGGACACGACGCCAGCGGGUGCCGCCUACGCGUACUGGACGUGACGGGAGUUCCGGAUGAUCCGGCCGGCCGCGCUCCGGACGGGAUGAGCGUCUGGUCGGGCACGGUGGCUUUGGCCAAGGCUUGCGUGGAGGUGUCCAAGCACCAGCGGGAAUUCCAGAGGCGCGGAUCCAAGCGGCACAAAGGUCGCUCCGGAGCCGCCACGGCCGCGGCCGCUCCGCAGCCCCCGGGCGUCGACGUCCACGCCGACCUGUUCGUCAACGGAACGUCCUACGGGAUCCUGCGCGACGCGCUCCAGACCGGAGCCGCCGGCCCGCUGCGCCUCAAGUGCCGCGAGCUCCAGGCCGAGGAGCUCUCGGCCUCCGGGAUCGUGAGCCUGCUGGAAACCUUGGAUCCUUCCUGUGUGCGGAGGGUGGAUCUGCGGUUCAACAAUUUGGGAUUGACCGGGCUCUCGGUGAUCCUGCCGCACCUCUCGCGCUUCCCGGAGCUGCGCAGCCUCAAGCUCCAGUACAGCAACGUGGACGUGCGGCGCCCGACGCCGGAAUCGGCCAUCGGGAUCCGGUGCCUGGCCGGGCAGCUGGGAAUGCUGCCCAGCCUCCGCGAGCUCAACCUGGGAUCCUCCCGGCUCUCCGGGAAUCUGCGCCAGAUCCUCUGGUGAGUUCCUCACCGAGCGGGGCCUGGCCGGGCCCUUCCCGCGCUCCCGGGGGAUUCCCGAGGGCUGGGGAUCCUGGGGGUCUUUUCCAGCCUGAGUGAUCCUGAAAUCCAGGAUUUCAUUAUCCCGAUGCUCCCGUGAUUCCGUUAUCCCAACAGUUCGUCACUCAGUGUUUCCAUUGUCCCAUCAUUCCAAGAUGCUGGAAUUCCUUGAUUCCAGGAUUCCCAAAGGUUGGUCUCAAUGGUCUUGGAGGUCUUCUCCAAUCUCAAUGAUCCCAUGAUUCCCUGAUUUCAUUAUCCCGAUAUUCCUAUGGUCCCGUGAC